GUCGAAGGUAAAUGCAACGAAAAAAAAAGAUACGGCGAAAUGAACUAACAUCUUGUAUCAUGCUUCAGCUUCAUCAUCUUACCGUGAGUACAUGGAACAGUUGUCUCGUCUAGGCCUCUUUACCCGGUUUCCCCAGUAUUAUGGCUUGGACUGGAUCAUGGAUGUGCUUCGCCCACAUCUAGAAUGCCAGAAAUCUUCGGCUAUGAUUCUAUGUGGAAAGCAUGGAAUCGGGAAAAGUGCCCUCUCAUACUAUGUCUAUAAGUCCCUGCUACGGAAGCACAGGUCGUCCGAUAUGAUCAUCACGUAUUUCUCUUUCGAUGCCCGGGACCAUCGCCGAAGGUCAGUCACCUCAAUGCUAAGUAAUAUCAUAUGCCAAAUACUUGCGAACGAGCCAGAUCUGUUCUUCCAAACUACUGAGCCACCUCAAAAAGACGAUUUGCGUUGGACAGAGGGAAACAUGUGGAUACAACUGCGGUCGAUUGUGCGCAGGGUGAAAGGCAAGUCUCUCGUGCUUGUCGUUGACUCUGUACAUGACUGCGACACAUAUGAUCCAGAAGAGCUUUUGAGAAACCUCGUUAAUCUGGAAUUCGCCCGUCCAGAGGGAUUCAAAUUACUUUGCACGACAGGUAUCGGACUGAUAACCCCUGGGAUCGAUCCCGUAACCACGUUUACCAUAGACACUCUGAGCCAAUUCAAGCAAAGCUGGAACGUCUACAUUGGAAGUCUAGCCAAGGAUGUUAUAUCGGAGAGUCCUAGGUUUACGGCUGUCCAUGAUAGUGUCACCGAAUGCCUCACAAGAUCAGAGGGGUUCUUGCAUUCAACCCUUGUCGCCCACCGAAUACGUACCAUCACGUCUCUUUCGCGGCCGAGCAACAUCAAGGCGGACUUAUCCCAGUUGAAACUCAAUUUGAAAGACACGGUAUUGGGGAUGGUGAAAGAAUCCCCGCCUUGGGUUGCAUCCGCAGUUUCUUGGAUAAUGUUUGCCAACCGACCACUCAAACCCUUGGAAUUAGCUGUGGCCGUUGCUUUAGAGGAGUCAACCCCUUCACCGUCACCGAUCCAAACGAUUGAUGAGCUUUGGAUCCCGCGGGACAUGGCGGGAGACCUUAAGCGACAGCUUGGGCCACUUGUCAACGUUGAGGACGAGGAAAUCCGUAUUUCUCAUCCUUACGCCGGCAGGGUUCUUCAGGAAUGGGUCAAUUCAACACCAGAGGCUACACGCUUGAGCUACAAAACCUUGACAAGACUCUGCUUGGAGUAUAUCCAUUUGUGUCUAAAGCAGAAAAGUGGAAAGGAGACAACAAUUCCGAAUGAAAUUAGCUUUCAGUUUCUCGAAUAUAUACUCGAGCACUGGCACAUGCACUAUAGGGAGGCGAAGGCCGAUUCAGCGAAUGCAGCAGUUGACGACGAAAUCGAUGAUCUUGUCUAUUCACUCUUCACAACACCAAGUUACUUCUCAUGGCUCCGCCCGCUCGGCUCACUCAGCUCUAGCAUUUCUUCGGUAGACGACGAUAUUCUAUGUCCCCUACAUCUUGCUGCCCAGCUUGGUGUUCUCGAUGUUGUUAAAAGAAUGAUCCCAGAGCCUGACAAUGAUUCAAUAACCACACUUCAGAUUGCAUGUCGUUACUGCCACUUGGACAUUGUGGUUCACCUCGUCCAAGGGAUUGACGAAGCAUCAAAGGUUGAAAUGGAGCUGGAUCUAGCUUGCCUUAGAGGUGAUGCGGCCAUUCUCAACGCCCUUCUCAAAAGAUUGAAGCAACUGUCGCCUGAGACCAAAGCACCCGCAUAUAUUUUGAUCAAUGCUUGCAAAAUAGGACACCGCGCUAUUGCCAAAAGUCUCGUGGAGGCUGGAGCAAAUGUCAAAGGAGCCGAAGGGCCUUUGGCACUUGAACAGGCAGUCGACCAAGGUCAUCUAGAUGUAGUCGAUUUUCUUCUCAAACAGGAAGUGGACGUAAAUGUCGUCUCAAGCGACAAAUCAAGCCCGCUACACCGAAGCAUCCGCCGAGGAUAUAGCCACAUCUCUGACCGACUGCUCGAAGUGGGCGGCAUCCGAGAUCUUGCAGAUGCCGACGGCAUCACGGCACUACAUCUGGCCGCUAGAUCUGGAGAUGUCACUCUAGUCAAAAAGAUCAUUAAUUUGCCGAGACAAAUACCCGAGUACAGCAAAACUGUCUCUUCGCCUCUCCACGAAGCAGCAACCGGUGGCCACCUGGAGGUCAUCAGAAUACUGCUAGACAAAGGCAUGCCUAUUGACUCUCCGGAUUCGAACGGGAGAACUGCCCUAUUUCUGGCAUUGAGCAAGAACCAUGUAGAGGUAAUAUCGGAGCUGUUCAGCAGGGGUGCCGUCAUCACUUUCGGCAAUGACUACUCGGCCAGUGCCUUGAAACAAGCUGUAGUCCACGGAAAUCUGGACGCUACCAAAAAGCUCAUCGCAAGGGGUGCAGAUGUUGGAGGAGGCGAGGGUCGCACUGGAACCCCACUGACCGAUGCAGCGAUAAGGAAUUUCGCGGACAUCACUAGGCAGCUCAUAGCAGCUGGAGUAGACCUCGAUAAGAAAGUUGAUUACGAAUUUGAUCUCGAUAUAAUGGACGAGCCUGCACACCUGGGGUGGACUGCAGUACACUUUGCUGCAUACCAUGGCAGCGCUGCCACUAUGGAGCUAUUCGGCGAGCUAUACCAUGACAACAUCAACAUGGUAUCCGUGUCAGGACAUACUCCGCUGCAUCUCGCAGCUUUCGCCAACAAACAGGGUAUUGUGGAGUUAAUACUUGGCAAUAAACCAUCAAUCGAGUCCCAAACCCCUGUUCUAGGCGGGAAUGAGCGCAGCAUCACUGCUACGACGAUACCGCGGCGGGAAAUGAAGACUAUUCUUGAUGUUGACCCCCGAAGUCCCAAAGGCCGAACCCCACUACAUAUAGCAGCCAUGAACGGAAAACUUGAUAUCGUACAAGCACUCCUUGAGAGUGGCGCUGAUAUCAAUGCUUGUGAUGAUGCCGGCAUGGCCCCAAUACAUUAUGGUGUUGCUUCUGCGCAAGACUCUAAAGAAGUGGUAGAGUGCUUAAUAUCCAAUGGAGCCGUGUUAGACUGGGCCGAUAAGGAUGGAUGGACAGCUCUUUCGCACGCUGCGCAGGCUGGGAACGUGAAUGUUGCAUUUCUCUUGCUGCAAAACGGCUGUAACGCAAACGCAGCCACAAUGGCUGCCCGGACACCGCUUCACAUAGCUGCAUUGAACGGAUCAAGCAAAAUAAUCCGUUAUCUCCUCGACUAUGGUGCAGAUCCUAACACGACUGAUCAAGGAGGCUACUCUGCUCUGCAUAGCGCCUGCUACAACGGUUCCAAGGAUGUGGUCCGUUUGCUUCUUAAGAGAAAGGCAGAGGUCAACGCAGCGGACUCCCAAGGCAAUAGACCACUGCAUGAGGCAGCAAGGCGAGGGCACACGGCAGUAGUCGAGCGGCUCCUCGUUGCCGGUGCAGAUGUCAACGUGACCAACGGUAGGAAGAUGACGCCUCUGCAGCGCUCCAUUUUGAACAGAUGGUUUUUGACAGCGACAUCCCUGUUGAGCUGGGGCGCGAACCCAAAUAUCAGAGAUGAAGACGGCGACACGGCACUUACGGUGGCCAUGAUGUCUUCUGCCAGCGACAAAUUUGUCGAAACUCUUCUUAAUCACACUGCUAACCCGGACACCAUGAAUAAUCGUCAUCAGACAGCCCUUAUGGCCGCAGCGACUCGUGCGCCAAGGCAUAUACCUAUCCUGCUCCAGUCAGGAGCGAACAUGUUCGAGAGCGGCCCAGGCAAGAUCACCGUCUUGCACAUUGUGGCAAGCAUUACGUCUGCGACAAAGAUUGACAGCAUCAUACCUUUGCUCAAGGACAAUAAUCAGCUUGACAUAAAAGACGCCGAAGGCCUUGCACCUAUCCACCAUGCCGCGAAAGCACCAAGCGCCGGAAUGAUCAAGGCAUUUCGCAAAUACGGCGCCAACAUCGGCGAGCGCGACAGUCAAGGACGUACAGCCAUGCACCACGCGGUGCGGUCCAUGCCUUUUAAUGAUUUUAAGGAGGUAUUUGCAGACUUUCUCAGACCGGGAUCUGAGAACAGUGUGAACGUGAGCGAUGGUGACGGCUGGACACCGCUUCAUUGGGCCUGUAAAGGAGCAGGGAGGGAGGUCGUGCAACUGCUGCUGCUCUCGCGAAACAACCGAGAUCAAAUUUAUGCCAAAUGCAACCGUGGAUGGACGCCGUACGAUAUUGCCGUAUUUCACGACCAAGAAGACCUGAAAAAGAUCAUGGAGACAGCCUUGGAUACUCAGCUUGACGCAUCACCUGGGCAGACUGUCGCAACUCCCGCAUCAGAGUCACGGCGCACCGGACUUAUCGCCCAUGGUGAAGUCCAUGAAGGUGUCGUAUGCGAUGACUGUCUCUACAGGCCUCUCUACGGCAUCCGCUUCAAGUGCAACACGCAUCCUGACUUCGAUCUCUGUUUCAAGUGCCGCUGGAGCUCGGACAAGACGCACCAGCCUAGCCACGGGUUCCGGCCCAUGGGAUCGGGGCCAACUGAAGGUCCUGAUUUUCAGAACCAUGCACCAGUGUGGAGUCAUGACGAGAAACGCAGAUCGACUGAUCAGACCGUUACCAGACACCGUGCGAGCCCGCUGUUAAUAGAAAGAGAUAGACAUGCACAUAGAGCAAACACAUCACGAUCACGGCGAGAGAGAGUCCGUCUGCUUAGCGCAAGUCCCGGAGUCACAGAUCGUGAGGGCUCUAUCAGGAGAGAGAUUGAGAUGCUGGAGAGAGAAAGGGAAAUGAUGAACUUGAGGUCAAUAACGAGACCGGAGAACGAGGCGAGAGAAGCAAUACGCAGGGUGGAGAUGGAUAGGGCAACGGAAGCCCGAGUUUUAGAGCACAUGACGUCGAGAGAGAUGGACAUACUAAGGGAAGUGGCGAUUCAGAGGCGACGGGACUCGGACAAUGAUCGAGACGGAGUUAGGGCGAGGCUAGAACGAGAUGCGUCAAUGGCUGGGGGGACGAUAAGGAUACAACGACUAGACGAACGAUACAGCCAAGAAGAAUCCAGUAGGAGUUUACUGCUCCCUAGGAGGGAAUACGACCGCAGUAGGACGGAGCGAAGGCUUUACAGAGGAGAUGGAUAUUUGAUACCGAACCGAGAGUUAGGCAGCGACGAUGACUGAAAUGGGGUUCAGGGUUUCCUAAAUCAAAUAAUGUGAAAAUAUUUAUGUGUUCAGGGGUCAUGGAAUCAGGGAGUAAGUGGGAAAAUGCGGAUAUUCCUGCGUGAUGACUAGGGUGACAUAAUAUAAUGGCCUUCAUGAGGUAGCAGAAGAUUUUCAACUCACA